ACGGUGAAUUAUAGAAUUUGACUUGGUAUCAGACGUUCCAGGCUUACCUUCCGCUAUUCCCUUUGUUUCUUUCUUCCUUCAAUGUCUUCUUCUAAGACCUCUUUUCACCCGGCCUUGGCCAUCUCAAAUAUCAAGAACUUCAUCCCUCUCACCCUUGAUCUCGAUAACGGUGACUAUGCUUCUUGGGCGGAAUUGUUCAAAAUUACCGCCCGGGCAUACGAAGUUCUUGACCAUAUAAUUCCCUCCACCGCAGCUUCUUCGUCUACAACGACGGAUUCUUCUCUCACUGAUGAACAACGUGCUGCACUUGCCGUUACCCGAGCCGAGGCGGCCGCCUUAUGGCCCCGCCUAGAUGCCGUUGUUCUUCAAUGGAUUUACGGCACGAUCUCUCACGACCUCCUUCACACCAUCAUCGAGGUGGAUUCCACGGCUCAUGAUGCGUGGGAACGCCUCGCUGACCUUUUCCACGACAACAAGCAUGCACGGGCUUUGUAUUUGGAGAAUGAGUUCUCAAAUACACGGCUAGAUCAGUUCCAGAACGUCUCCACAUAUUGCCGGCAUCUCAAAGACCUUUGCACCAAACUCAAAAAUGUGGGUGUUACCGUGGACAACGAUCGACUUGUUUUGCGUAUGGUCAAUGGACUUUCAUCCAUUCCGGAUUACAAUAUGGUCGCCUCUCUCAUCCAACAACGGGAACCUCUGCCCGUGUUCUCUAAAGCCCGAUCUAUGGUUGUUCUCGAGGAAUCACGCCGCAAUCAGUCAUCUCCUGCCACUGCCUUGAUUCACUCCUCCGCCGAUAUCACACCGCCCGUCCCAUCUCCUUCUCGUGGCGGCCGCGGGGGCUCACACCGGGGUGGCGGUCGUGGGCGCUCCUCCUCUCAGCGCGGUGGUCGUGGACGGCAGGCUGGGCGUGUGGAACCCACCCCUGCGCCCGGUCAAUGGCCUCAGCCUCCCCCCUGGGCUUACUGGUUGCACCCGCAGGCUUGGGCCGCCCCUCCAUGCCCCUAUCCAGGUAUGUCUUGGAAUGUUCCGCCCGGCUCACGUCCUCCUUCUGGAGCCGGUAUUUUGGGACCUCGCCCGCAUCAGGCUCAUAUGGCGGAAGCUACGCCCACUGACUUGGCCGCGGCAAUGCAAACGAUGACCUUAUCUCCUCAAGGUGAACCGUGGUAUAUGGAUACGGGGGCUUCGUCAAACAUGACGGCUAAUCCAGGACUUUCAGACGGGCAUUCCAAUCAUACGGUCUAACAGUACGGGCGACUUAUAUCCGCUUCACUCUUUUUCCCCGCACUCACUGCAGCAGUCCGCGUUCGUUACAGUCCCGGCCCAAGUUUGGCAUGACCGGCUCGGCCACCCCGGGUCUCCUGUUUCUAAAUUUCUUAGUUCAAAUAAAAUGUUACCAUGUAACCGACCCAUUUCCCAUUUAUGUAAUUCAUGUCAAAUAGGCAAACACAUUAAAUUGCCUUUUUCCUCUUCUGAAUCAUUUACUUCUCGCCCUUUUGAAAUAAUUCAUAGUGAUAUUUGGACUUCUCC